CAUCCCUGUGUGUUAGAAUGUGGUGCACCAGCUCCUCUCGCCAAACCUUGAGCCUCUUCUCCGCAUGUCGCAAGAUACUAAGCUCCAGUUGAACUAGUCGUAGUUAUUCUUUCAAGCGCUUAUUCCAGCUGAACCGACGGCGCUAGGAUGAGUUGGAAGUGGUCGCAGGAGCCGAGCCCGCGAGGCCAGGCCGAGCCGGUCGAGCAGCAGCGGCUGCAAUGGGUGCUCGAGGUGACUCCGCAGCUCGACGUCAGUCGCAGCACUCUCGCCGUCGCCCUCGCCGACGCGGAGAGCUUAAGAAAGUCGCCCGGGUCGUCGCAGGGGCCGUCGCACGGCGGGUCGUCGGAAGUCGCAGGAGCAGACACGGAGCUUCCCGUGUUUAUUCUAGUCGCCGUUAUGCACGACACGACUGCACCUCCAUCCCCCAUGGUGCGUCACUCGAUGACGAUGGACGAGGCAGUGAGGCUAGCGGAAGCGGAGGAGGCCGUCAUUCGCAAGAUGCUGCAGCCGCUGCAGGCCCUGGCGCACAGCAGGCAGGUAAGGGCAGUGAUGCAUCUGGAGCGCAGCAGCGACCACGAGAAGUCCCUCUGCGAUGCCGUCAAGCGCUUCUCCGCGUCCCGAGUCUACAUCGGGGUCAGACGGAAAUUCCUGUGGUCCAAGGCUCUGAACAACGCACCAACAGCCUACUACGAGACCAACUUGCCGGACGGGUGCCUGCUUGUGAUCUCCCAGGGGUCCCGGAAGCUGGCAGAGAUAGGCGUGCAUCCCAAGGCCCCCCUUCGGAGUCGCACGCUCAGCCGCUCCAAGCGCUCCCAGGCAGGGAUUGACGGUCCCCCCACCCCUACAAGCACCGCAGGUUCUGCUGCUACUGGUGCUACUGCCAUGGGUGCUUUGCCGGGGGGAAGUGGGGCUCGAGAAAGGAGGCCUGCUGGUGCUGGUGCUGCUACUGCGGCUGCUGCUGUGGUUGGCUCUAGUGGUGGUGCUGGCAGUACUGUUGGUGGCGCUGGUGCUGCUGUUGGUGGCAGCGAUGCGGGUAGAGGUGGCCGGGGCGGACUUGGCAGCAGAGGGGGGGGAGAGAGAAGGACGGGUGAGAUUCCUGAGAGCAAGCAUCAGGGGGGUAGACUGAGGGUGAUUGUGCCGUCCAGCCAAGACGUGGAUGGGUGGGGGAAACGGGAUCAGGCGGAGCAGAGCCAGGGGGGGGAAAGUGAGGGGGAACAAGUGCUGGACAGGGUACAGCGUUCCUCAGAGGAGGGGGCAAUGGGGCAAGACGAUGGGGCUGAUGCGCUGGCAGAGCUGGGGGACGAAUGGGUUAAAGCCAAGAGGAGAGGUGCAGCAGCGUCAGGUGGAACGCCAGGUGCCGCGUCAGGUGCACUGUCAGGUGCAGCAGGGGGAGUACCAGAGCCUAGGCGGGCAGGGCACCAUCAGCGGAGCUCCUCCCUGCACCUGCCUUCACCGCACCCCACCGCUCUCUUCUCGCCCUCCUGCCCUCCCUUGCGCCCCCGCCGCCUAUCCAUCUCAAAGGACACGGAUGAGGGAGAGGUGGAGAAGGAGGAAGACACGGGGGUGGUGCUGGUGCCACGUGGCCGCAACAACCACCAAAGCCACCCCCUCGUUGACCAUCAGCAGCAGGAGCAGCAGGCGGGGGGAAGGUCCCCCUCGCCGCGUGCCACCGCCGGCCGGUUCGGACCCAUGAGUGUGCGCGAUAACCCCACCACCCCGCGACUGUUCUCCUCUGACGACUGGGCCUUUUCUUUGGAUGGUGCCUCUGGUGCGUCUGGGGCGUCAGCGCCCACCACUCCCAGGGACGAGGAGGUAGCAGGGAGAGCCGCAGGGAAGGGGGGUGCUUUUGAGUCAAAUAAGGAAAGCGAGGGAGGCAGGGACAUAGCAGGGAGGGGUCUCAGGAAAGCGGCAAUAUCUGCCUGGGAUGCACUCCCUGUGCGCAUAGGGGGCAGUGCUAUGGAGACUGGGGGCCGAGAGAUGGGUGUGGGUGGGGAAAGCUGGGAGAGCAGUGGCAGAAGGGCGGUUGCUGCUGCUGGGGUCGCUCCCGCUGCUGCUGCUGCUGCUGGUGCUGGUGCUGGCGGUGGGCAAAAGGAGGUGAAGCGGGAUGGUGGUGGUAGUGAUAAUGACGAUAGGGGUUCUGGCGGGGAUGCUGACGAGGGCGACGAUGAGGAUGACGUGUUUGAACAGCUCAUGCAGCGCCAGCUGGACGCAGUCAGCAGCCGCAGCAGCCACGUCAGCACCAAGUCACCAGCCCUCUCUUCGUCCUCCUCCUUUUCCUCGUCCUCCUCGUCUUCAGCUGCUGCUGCUCCAUCCGUCCAUUGCAACCGAUCCAAGUCUUACGACGCUGCUGAUAUGUGCCGUAACAACAGGCAGCAGCAGCAGAAUCAUCAUCAUCAGCAGCAGCAGCAGCAGCAUCAGCAGCAGCAGAAUCAUCAGCAGCAGCAGCAUCAUCAUCACAGUAGCUGUGUGCAUGGUGGUGGCGAGAGAAUCAGCAGUCGUAGUGCCACUCCCAACACCAAUGAUAGCAUUAGCGCCAGUGCUGACCCCCACGCGCGUACCACUGCUGCAGCCUCGGCAGCCACAGCCUCAGGAGCCACAGGUUCGGCAGCCACAAGUUUGGGUUCAUCCCCUAGGCUUGGUCACACAACCAAAGCAUCUGGCCCGGGUUCAAGUUCGGGCUCGGGUUCUGGUUCGGGUUCAGGGGCUCGGUUGAGCUCUGGUUUGGGACUGGGGCGUGCAGCCGCACGAAUGCUGUUCCCCAAGUCGUCUAGUGGUGGCAGCCGAACUGGUCGGGGGGAGAGCACUCCGCCCCUCAGCCCCCAGUCGUCCCCCCCUCCGUUGGAUUCAGGGGGCGAUGUGUACCAACGGACACGAUCGCUCGGCGCGUACGAUAUCACCAAGUAUAGGCACAGCAAGAGUAAGAUCGGCCGAAGCAGCAAGGACUAUGGGGAAGGCAGUGCUAGUGGUAAUGCAGCAGUCAGUAGCAGCAGUGGUAGUGGUUUUACAGUCAAUAACAGCAGUGGUAGUGGUAUUACAGUCAAUAACAGCAGUGGUAGUGGUAUUACAGUCAAUAACAGCAGUGGUAUUAUUGGUACCAGUAACUCGUCUGGUAUUCAUCCCCUGCUGCUGGAUGGCCGAGCAGCAGUCAAGUCCCCAAUCCCCCGCUCACCCUCUCGGGGCAACCCCCCUCCGCCCCUCCCUGCUGCUUCUCCUCUUCACCCUUCUCCCCCGCGCAAUGCGCGAAUGCACGCUACCGCUGCGUUCCCUCAGUCGGCUAGUGCAGGUGGCAACCGUAACGGAGAUAGCAGCAGCAACAGCCACGGCAACAGCAACAGCAGAAGCAGCAGGGUCGACGGAUCUGGGAAAAAUGCUGCUGCUGCUGCUGCUGGAAGCGGAAUGGAAGCAAAGGUGGCAUGGCCAGAGCAGGGGCAAGCAGAAGUAAGAGGAGCUUCAGCAGCAGCCGCUUUACUGCGAACACAAUCCGGGGAGAUGCCAGGCGCGAAGCAGCAGCAGCACCAGCCGCAGCAGCAGAGAAGGACGCUGGAGAGGUUUCCAGUGCACCGCAUGGGACAGCAGGAGGUGAAGCUGGCGUGGGACGACAUUCUAGGGGAUGGAGCUGAUGGGAGCUCUAGCAGCCGUCGACCUACCAUUACCAGCAGCAGGAGCAGCAGCAGCAACGAGUCGAAAACAGCACCCUUGGUCGUGCCUUCUCGUGUGUUUAAAAGAGAAGGUUCAGAGUCCGAGUCUUGGGUUUCUGCAAGCCAGCAGCAAGGGGCUGCAGGAAGUGCGGCGGGCAGAGAUGCAAUCACUGCAAAAGCAGCAGAGUCGUUUUUUACAGCAGCAGGAGGCAGAGGAGAUGUGAGAGCAGGAGAUGGCGCAGCAAAUGGGAGGGUUAGUAUGAGCAGGGUACACGAGGUAGUAGGUGCUGCUGGGACGAGUGGAGAGUGGGGGAUCGCAGGGGAAGAGGAGGAAUGGGAGGAGGAUGAGGAGGGGGAGGAGGAGGAGGAGGAGGAUUGGGAGGAGGGGGAAUCCCAGGCGGAAUUUGCUUUUGGAGUGCUGGCAGGGAUGGCAGAUGAUGAUGAUGAGAGGAGAGACUCUGUGGAUCUUGCUAUGGGCAGGCGGAAAGUGCCCAGGAGCGGCAGCAGUGGCAGCAGUGGCGGUCGUGACACCAGGCUAAAGCCGCGAAGCAGCAGUGGCGGCAGCAGCAAUGCGAGCAUUAUCAAUGCCAGCAGGAGCAGCAGCAGUAGCAAUACCUGUACCGAGCUGCUGUCAGGCACAGAUGGAGCAGCAGCAGCAGCAGCGGCGGCAGCAGCAGCAGCAGCAGCAGCAGCGGCAGCGGCAGCGGCAGCAGCAGAAGCACCAGAAGCACCAGGAAGCGCAAGCAGCAAUCGGGUGCUUUCAAAGGAGCAACUCGAUCCAACUCAUUCCCAGGACCACUCAGCCAGUAUCAAGCAGGACCUAUCAACCAACCCCCCACCCGACCUGUCAACCUACCCAUGUGAGGUGUUUACUCUGCAGCAGCUACUGGCAGCAACUGACGGCUUCAGCCCUUCUCGCCUGCUGGGCUGUAGCACAGGGGGCAGCACCGGGGGAAGCGUGUACCGGGGAGAGCUGCUAGGCUGCCACGUGGCAAUCAAACGCCUGCAGGGUCCGGGGAUUGGGCCCAGGGGUAAUGGGCCUCCUGCCACGUCAGCUGCCACGUCGUCAGAGGCAGCAGCGUUUUGGAGGGAGGUGGGGGUGCUGGGGGGGGUGCGGCAUCCCCACGUGGUGGCCAUGGUGGGGUACUGCCCAGAGGACUUCUCUGUGGUCUAUGAGCUCAUGCGAGGGGGGUCCCUGUGGAGCAGACUGCACCCUCAACUGGUGCAACAGCAGCAGCAAAGGACACAGCAGAGCCAGCAGCACCAGCCAGCCAACGCCCCUACGCCCUCCCUUCUCCCCCCGCCCCUCCUCUGGCACGACCGCCUGCGCAUCGCCUCUGAGAUCUCCUCCGCGCUCCACUCCCUCCACUCCCACCGCCCCCCCAUCCUCCACUCAGACCUCAAGCCCCAAAACGUCCUCUUAAGCCUUAUCGGCACCAGCAAGCUCUCCGAUUCCGGCCUCGCAGGGCUCAGCUUCGUGAGUCUCUUCCCCCAGGGGCAGCUGGAUAUCACUUUCAAGGUGCGCGGCACCUUCGGGUUUUGUGACCCUGAUGCGGUGGUUUCCGGGGAGGUUACUGCAGCUUCGGACGUGUUUGCACUGGGCGUGGUGCUGCUGUUACUGUUCACUGGGAUAGAGGAUGUGAAGGAGGUGCACCGACUGCUGGGGCAAGUCUCAAGCACUGGCCCACCCCCUUCCUCCUCCUCAUCUUCGUCAACUUCUCACUCCUCUUCCUCCUCUUCCCGUACCUCUCUCAAGUCUCGCAACCUAGAUAUUGCCGUGCCUUUUUUCGCUGAGCGGCUCGACAAGCGGGCGGGCAGGUGGCCGAGAGAUUUAGCUGCCCGGGCACUGCGCGUGGCGCUACAGUGCGUGGAGCGGCGCGGUGUGGAUCGGCCGGACCUGGAGGCAGUGGUGCAUCCGACCCUGGCUGCAGUUGCCAAGGAGGGGCAGGAGGUGAAGGCACGCCAAGAAGAGCAGCUAGAAAGCCGAUUCAUCUGCCCCCUCUCUCAUCAACGGCUGCGGGAUCCAGUGGUGGCAGCAGACGGGGUGACAUAUGAGAGGGAGGCGAUAGAGGCAUGGCUCGCAACACAUGACACCUCCCCUGCUACCCACCUCCCCCUCAAGCACAAAGAGCUCGCCCCUAAUCUCAUAUUGCGUGAUUUGAUUGUUACUUUGGGUCAUCUGGAGUAGGUGUUCGGUAGUAGAGGAAUCAGGCCAUCCUGUCAGGCUUGUUAGCCUAGGAGGACUAGGCAUUGUGCAUACAUAAUGAAGAUGUAGUUUUGGGGCGUGUGUUAUGUGUCAAACAUAUUUGUAUAUGUUAUAAUAGGCUAGAUAGGUGCAUGCUCUUAGAGGGUACAACCACUUGAACAAAAUCAACAUGUAUGCCUCAU